UCGCCGAUUGCUCGGGUUUUCCCAAUCGCAACUAUCGCAUGGAAUUUCUUCGUUUGUUUUUGGGUGGAUUUUUUUGUAGAAAAAUAUUUUUAUUAGACAAUUUCCGUGUCCAUCCUUGCUCUCCCAUAGAUUACCUUUCAAUAGAGCAGUUUUGUAUGUUGGGUUCCAGUCAGAAUGGAGGAGAACGAUGAGUUUAUUAUUGUCUUGCACAUCGAGGAAGGAGUUGGGCUCAAUUUCAAGUGCGAGCAUGUCAUGGUGACCGCUUCGUUGGGCGGAAAUAAAUUGGAGACCGAAGUUACGGCCGCAGGACAAUCAACGCAGUUCAACAGCAACUUGAUAUGGGAGACAGACAAAAAGUCAAUUAAAAAGAUGAAAACUGAAAACCUUCCCAUCAAAGUCGAAUGCUACAGUUCACUUAUGAACAAUGGACAGGAGGUUCGCAGUUUGAUCGGAUACAUCCUGGUUCCUAUUCGAGGGAUACCCAUUGUGCCGCAAAAGAAAGCCGUUAAUGCAAAACCUCAUUGGCAUAAACUAGUUGGUCUUAACUCUGAAUGGCGAACCCAGAAGCCAGAAUUGUUGCUUUUCGUCACAAUUACAGACAAGAGUAACCUCGAUGAAGACAGUGGUAUGCUGAAUGUUCAAAACACAACCACUGAGGGGCUAGAGUCAAUUCAUAUUGAGCCCUGCAACACGGCUGACAUGCUUACAUCUCAAGGUGGACUCUAUAUAAAAUUACUGCAAGACGAAGGACUCCUUCAAGUUGGCAACAUGGACACGAACUGUGAUAUAUUUAUAGUAAAAUUAAUGUUUAAAAACGCUAGAAAUUUGGAGCACAUUGUUAACCCAGAGGAACCGAUGAAUCAGCUAUUUCGAUUCCAUUAUAACCUCCUGGGAAGUCCUACGCAUUGCUCUUUGAUACCGAAGGGAAAUGGCUUGUACUCGAUUCAGGAAAAAAUAGCCAUUCACUUCCGAAGCUCCUUACGAAGCUUGAAGGAAUAUUUUCGGCGAGUUUUAUAUAUUCCAAUAGAUUUGUAUUACAACGACACGAUAGUCGGUCAUGCUCGAUUUCUAUUUUCAAAUCUCCUUAAAGCUGAGACUCUUCAAGAAUUCGUUGCAAGCUAUGGGGACAAUGAAAAUACCAUGGAAAGCGAAGGCUCCUUUAUGAUUGAAACGCUCUUCGACCUUCCACCCACUGCACUUAAACCAUAUGUCGAAUAUGCUUUUGGUUUAAAAUAUCUCUCAACAACGAAAAUCAGUAAUUGCGAAGUUAUUGUAGAUAAACCACAAGUCGCUGAGUUUAUAGACAACCAGGCUGGAGGUGAUGUUUGUUUACAACACACUCUGGAACUCCCACCCACUGAAGAUGUCGAUUCAAAGCCCACUGGAAACGAUCAAGAAGUGCGAGCGACUCGUAGUGAUACAGAGUUGGUGUCAGCUCGAGAGGCUGAAAUACGGAGUUCCCGGGGCAAGCAACCGAAACUCACCCGCUCCGAGCCUUUAAUUCAAUUCAAUCCAGACAAAACCGACUUCGAUACACUUCUAAUGGAGAAGAACGAAUCAAGACCCGCAAAAAAUAUUCCAAGAACGUUUAGCUUCAAUUUGAUCCUCCAAACGGUGAAGUUUACUAGGCGACCGGAAAUUGGAAUCUGGCAGAUCAGUUUGCAUCAUCCGAAAUCUGACACCACCUUUACUAUAGCCAAUAUUGAGUUGACAGAGAUCUGUUCGAAUUUGAUUGAAUUCAGAGACUUAGAAUUGCAAUUGUUCUUUUCAUCAACAACGGAUGAAAUCCUGGAUUUAAUCGAAUGCGAGCCAUGCGUUCUCACUAUAAACGGACCACGAGGAGUACAUGCGACUGCAGAUUUAGACAAUGAAAUUCUUCUAGUUGGAACUAAAGAAAAACGGUCUGGUGUCAUAUUGAUGGAAGAUCAGAACGGCGAAAAGAUAGCUAUGGCUCAUAUUUUUGUUUAUUUAGACGAUCUCGGGCUGAGUUUUAAUAGCCAAGUCAAAAGGUUGUCUAGCCUAACACAACAACCGCGCGCCUACAUGGAUGAGAAUCUGGCCUACAAGAUUGUCGAGGAGCUUGAAGAGUGGAAAUUAAAGCAACAGGAAGUGUUUUUAGUAGAAUUGAAACGCAAGGAGGUGGCUCAUUUGGCUCAUUUGACAGCGGAAUGGCAAAAGCGGAAAAGCGAACAGGAGAAUUUGUUAAGUGAAAAGCUAGAACAAUGCUCAAUGUUGACUGCAGCCCUCGAUGAAGCUCAUAAAACUUUGCAGGAAAAAGGAGUCCACCAGUUAGAACAGGAACGUGUGAUAUCACAGAUGAAAGCAGAGCUAGAACAAAGUUACUCCGAGAGUCUACUGGAGCUUCGCGAGAAGGCGCACCGUAUCGAGGAGGAUAUGGCUCAUCAACUGAAGCUUCAAGAGCUCAAAUAUCGGGAAAUGGAAAUGACUAAAAACUUAAUUGAACACGAAAAUGGAAAGCUGAAAACCGAAAUUAAUGAAUUGGAGGCAAAAAUUGCAGAUAUGAAGCAGAGCUUUCUACCGAGAGAACAAUUGGCUGGGUUGUUCCAAGAUCUGCGAAUCCUUAGCGAACGUUUAGAUGAGGUUCAGAAAUCUAAAAACUUUUACAAGGAUCAAUGGGCGAAAAUAAUUCGUGAAGUUCAUAAAAUGAAAUCUGAAAAUCUACACCAAAUGGAGUUACAAUUGAAACACAGUCGUUCAAUGGGGCUUAAAGAGUUUUUAGCAUCUGAACAUGAAGAAUUGGUUUCUGAACGGGAAGAGCUCGAUUUUAUCAAGGAGGCCUUGUGUUCGGACUGUGAAUCAGAAGUGGAACAGACUGUGAGGGAGAUAAAUUAGAUCUCACCUAAGGAGGAUAGUUAGUUCUCAAAUUGGGCAAGUCUGGUCAAUAUUAAUUGUGAAUGUCAUCAUUGAAGAUCGGUUGGGAUGAAAAGAUUAAGAUCGGUUGGGGCGAAAUAAUUUCCAAAUAGUAACAAAAUGUAAAUUUUCUGUAACUAGCCAAGUGAACGAGAUUUCUAGUACAACAAAAAAAUAAAAGAGGCUUCACUUUUUUUUUAAAUUAUUUAUUUUGUUAGAAAAGUUCUGUUUGUUUUGAUAAGAUACUGAAACACAUUGUUUGAUUCAAAUGUUAAUAAAAACCAAAACAAUUGAUUGUUUUGUGCAUAGAAUGAAAAUAUAAUUGUUGAUAUUGAUAAAUCAU